CUGAUUUUCGAUAGACCGAUUCUAACGCCGAAAACCUCCCUCAAGAUCUUUCUCUUCAUAGGAGGAGUCCUGCUCGCCAUUGGCGUGUUCUGGCUUGCCGUGAACGAUGAUGUCAGAGAACUUGCAAUAGACUACACCAAAUGCCAUCAGAUCGAAUCAUACGACCAGCUCGAGGUGAUGCCACCGGAUAACGUCCGAAAGAAGUUCAAGGCAUCGUCGGCUGGCCAGCCUGUCGACCAGUGGAAAAGAUCGAAUCAAUCACUGACUUUCGACGGCAUUACCAAGAACUACACACUCUGCACGGUGGAAUUCUUCCUUCCUGAAGAUCUGCAACCGCCUGUGUUGUACUACUACCACCUCGAAAACUUCCAUCAAAACCACCGCCAAUACGUCAACUCGCGUCACUCAGGACAGUUGAAGGGCGAAGAUGCCAGCUUGAGCACUAUCUCGAACUCCGACUGCGGGCCACUCAAGACCCAGAAGCCCGUUGGUGGUGAUGGUUCAGAGAAGAUCAUCUACCCCUGUGGCAUGAUCGCAAACUCCUACUUCAACGAUACCUUCCACAAUCCGCUUCGCCUCCCAAAUGGCAGUGGCACGAAUGUCACGCAGGCAUACAAUAUGAGCAGAACGGCAAUUUCGAAGCCCAUUGACAGGGCGAUUUACCGACCGAGCAGUUACGAGAUUCCAACAGAAGUCGGGGCCAACAGCAGUGCUAUCGUGCCUCCUCCCGCAUGGGCUGAGCGAUUUCCGAACGGAUAUCAUUCCGGCAACAUGUUUGACCCUUCCAAGGAUGAAUCGUUUAUGGUAUGGAUGCGUACAUCGGUCGGGUCGACCUUCUCGAAGAUUGCCAUGCGAAAUAACGAGGAUGCCAUGGAAAGGGGCAUGUACAGACUUGAAGUCUUCUCCCACUUUCCUAUUCACAAGAACCGCGGCGCAAAGUCCAUCGUUAUCUCCACGAACUCGAUUGUUGGGAGGCGUAAUGAGUUUGUGGGAAGGGCCUACAUUGCUCUUGGGGCUUGCAGUCUUUUUGCGGCAUUCCUUUCGGCCGCUACGUUGCGAUACAAGCCGCGAAAGCUUUCGGACCACGACUACCUUCAUCGGAGCAACGUUCUUCUCCGAAAUAGAAGUGCCAGUCUCUGA